CAUAACUCGACUUUUGAAAUGUAUUUACAGUUUUGAGUGAAAUAUAUCUCGCAAUGAAUUUGCAAAUCAUAUCGCAUUCGCUGAUUAUGUCAUAUGUUUGGCACGUUUUGUGCUGAUCGCUGACACCCGGGUAGUGAUUGUCACCAGAGAUUAGAUCCCAGAGUUGGCCGCAGACAUCACACACACAGCGAUCGACACAUAUUAGCCAAAAUUGGUCUCAUACUCGACACACUAUUCUCCUACAUCUCGGCCCCACUAGUCGUCUACUCUGUCUACCGGUGCUAUCGGUCGAUGACAGCGACGCCGCACAUGUCCGCUCUGGGGGCCAACACCACUGGUCCCACACCUCCGCCACCCCCACUCCACACCAAUGAGUCCGACGACAGCACC